UGAAUGGAUGGGCGUGGGGUGUCUGUGCGAGCGAACACACCUGACCAAUCGAUGCACUAAUGAAUGGCUCAUGUAUGGCUCAGGUCGUCAGUCAGUCACACCACAAACAAAUCCACACUGCCUAACAGAUGCACGACUUCCUUCGCCUGUGCUUCCUUCGCACAGGCGUCACCACACCCCCACCCGCACUCACAGGGUCGCCAUCCACACGACGCUUUGGCGCCUGAACGUCCACCCACUCAGCAGCGGCCCGGCCCGCAGCAGUGUGUCCCCCACGUGAGGCACCUCUCCUUGGUGAGGCCAGCGCCCGGCGUGGGCUUGCCUUGUCUGCUGUUGGUUGGUGUCUGCAGACAUGCGCAGCGGAGGGUGUGGACAUGGGCACCGGUGGUCUGCAUGUCACGUCAUACAGACAGACACACGAGAAGCUCUCUCUGUUUGCAGACAAACACGAAGCAGCCACCCACGGCCUGUGUUGGCAUCAGCGUACCUGGCGUGUCUCUCCUGAUGCUGCUGCUGCCGCAGCUGGUGCGCCUCAUUGACCUUCACCAUGGCCUUGUCCGAGUCCAUCGACGCCCCCCGCCCCACUGGAACGCAACACACGCUGCCACGUGUCUCCCUCUCCCGAUGCCAAGCGCAGCACGUCUUGUCCACCUUCCUUGCCGCCUCCAGCGCGGCUGUGGGUGCCAGGCUGUGAGGUCCUCCAGGAGCGACGCGCCUGGGGCUGCUGCUUGGUGAGUCUCUCCGUCUUCUUGGCGAUGGAGGUCUUGGCACCGACACUCCCUGCGGGCCAAACUCACUGCGGACAGAGACGAAUGUCAUGUUGCCAUGUUUCUGUUGCAUGCCUUAAUGUGCAUACGUACUUGAUUGCCUCUUGGAAUCUGUCAGCCACGACGAUCGGGCCCAGGUGAGGGUCGACGAGGAAGUAGCCUCUCCCCCCUGUCUCAGGCGCCCUGAAGAUUCGCCGGUCUGUAUUGUGGAGAAUGUGCCGACACAAUGGACGAAACUCCUCCAGAGAUGAAACUGCAACACAACAGAUCCGGGGGCGUGGCUCUGGCGCGUUUGCUUUCUUCGCUGCCCCAUCUCACCGUUUCUCUGCUCCCGUGCAAGCACUUCUCUCAGCAGGUCGACGUCUCUCCUUCUCGAUGGCACGGCCCUUUUCCUCUUCUUCCCCCUCCCCCUCCCCGUGGGGCCCCUCCUCAUCGCACGCCUAUGAUGCGGCACAUCAGCGGGAGGGCGGAAGUAGCGGUCGGGAUUCGCUACCCACCCUUCCGCAUUGCAUCCCCGUGGCUCUCUGCGUCUCGAUGCUGCCGUGGCCGGCGGUGGUUGCGGUGCGGAUGCUUCUCUGUGCUUGGUCCUCAGGGGUGGUGGCUGCGGCGGGGCUUCUCUCAGCAGCAAGGGCCGCCUCCCAAUGGCAUACAUAGAGUCAUACUGCAGGCUCGUCCCUGGCUUACCCAGAUGCCGCUGAUAGCCGCUGAACCACCAUGCGUUGCGGUUAGUUGGGGGCGAAGUGGGGGCGAGUCUUCAUUCAUUCAUUCAUUCAUUCAUCAAGCGUCUCCUAUGAACGCAUGAAAAUGCAUCCAUGGAAACGGUCUAGCAGCCCUGCAAAAACGAGGCAGAGACCAGGGCGGCGAGUCCGGCUCACCGAGGUUUCCCUUGGCUACCCCUGGGUUUCGGAGAAAAAAUGCCAGUCCGUUUUCACCCCGAUGGCGCGGGGCUGCCCUGCUUGUAUAUGUCCCCCGGGCGAGG